GUAUUCCAUACUAAAGAUAUUCUCUGUUGUCAGUGAAUAGAGAAAUGUUCUUUGAAAACACAAAUUUAUCCAAAAAUUAAAGGGAAAUAUUGAGUGAGUGUUAUGGAGGUUGAAGUACAGAGUGGUCCAUCACAAUACGAUACACUUCUUGGGGAAAUUGAAAGCAGCGAUGGUCCUGUGGGACCAACAUUGAAAACUGUGUAUAAAAGCGAAGGUCACGAAGUGUUUAUGAAAAAACUCGAAGAAAGUAUCAAACAGCAUGAUAAGGAAAUUGAAAAGAUGUGUAAUUUUCAUUACCAAGGAUUCAUUGAAUCUAUUAACGAACUCCUCAAUGUGAAAGGAGAUACCUACAAGUUGAAGGAAUAUGUGACAGUUUUAAAUGGAUCAUUUAAAGAUUCCGGAAAUGAGCUUGCAAGACAAGUGGCCAACUUAAUUGAAUGUCGCUACAUGCAAAGAAACAUUGCAUCUACAAUAGAGAAGAUUACAUUGUGUUUGCCAGUGUUGGAAAUGUAUGCUAAGUUACAAGAGCAAUUAGAUCGUAAAAGAUAUUAUCCUGCAUUGAAAAGUCUUGAACAACUGGAACAUACAUAUCUUCCCAGGAUAAGCAGUUUUCGUUUUGCUACAAUAAUGAGUUCACGUAUUCCAAUUUUUCGGGAGAACAUUAAGGAUGCAGCCAUGUCCGACUUGAGGGAUUUUCUUGCUGGUAUUAGGGAGCAUUCGAAGAAAUUAGGAGCAAUUGCAAUGAAGCAGGCUCAGAAAAGACACAACUUGUCCGUUUUGCGUGGAGUCGGUGAAAAUCCUUUCGAAAAAGACGAAGAAUCUUGCUCAAGCGCUCAUGAAUUGGUCGACUUUUCUCCUGUCUACAGAGGUCUACAUAUUUACACUGUUUUAGGUCUGCGAGAUACCUACAUUGAUUACUAUCGGAAGCAGAGACGGAAGCAAGCAAGACUUGUUGUCGAAGCAACCGGCAGCAGUUCAACAACCGGAAAAUCUCUCGAGUCAUAUCGCUUGUAUUUCCAUGAAAUCGUUGGAUUUUUUGUCGUCGAAGACACAAUAUUACACACAACACAAGGUUUGGUCACCAGAAGCACUAUUGAUGAGAUGUGGGACAAGGCUGUUGCAAACAUUGCCGUUGUUUUAAAGAAUCAGUCUGGCCACAUUGAAGAAACAAACCUUUUGAUCAAAGUGAAGGAAUUGAUCGGAUGGUUUUGCAAUACACUAUCUGCCUAUGGACUGUCUGUCUCUCACAUAAACGAUGUUCUAUUUGGCAUGGGACAACAAUACCACACAGUUUUGAUGAAACACUGGAAAGGCAUAUUUGAUGGAAUUUUUGAAGAGGACAACUACAAUCCAAUUGUUUGCCAAACCAAACAAGAAUAUUUGGAGAUAUUUGGAGAUUUCCCACGCUACAACGAACAGCUUAAACUGGAAACUUUCCCAAAAAGAAUCGACUUCUCGGAAUGUGUGAUAAAGGUCUAUGCGCAGAUAAAAGAAUUCAUCAAGGCAUCGUUGAAAUUUUAUGAAAAUUUGAAUUUUAGUCAAAUGGACAUUGGUGAUAAUUUGAGACGUUCAACAAAUUUCCUCAUUACGAAGACAUUGGCAGCUUGUCUCAACAACGUGAUACGGAAAAAGAAAUUAACCCUUGCUCAGACUGUUCAAACUUCGAUCAAUACUUUACACUUGGAGUCGGCCAGCGAAAGUCUUGAAGCUUUUGUCAGAGAAAUGACCGGGACGUCUAAUGACUACGAGAACGUGGCUAAGGUUUACGGUCUGGGGGCAUUUAAGAAUGUUCGUGCCGAAGCUGAGCAGCGUGUGUAUGAGAAGUUGAAUCAAAAGAUGGACGAAUUUCUUGAUCUUGCCUCUUACAAUUGGUCAUCGUCUCGUAGUAAAAAUCAACCGAGUGAAUAUCUUGUUGACCUACUCACGUAUCUUCGAGUUACGUUUCUAACUUUCACCAACCUUCCCGGAAAUGUCGCGCAGACCGCGUGUAUGUCGUCAUGUAAGCAUCUUUCAAAUCGUCUCAGAGAAUUCCUUGUUGAUGAAAGCAUACGCGAGAUGAACAUGAACGGUCUUAAAGAUUUUAACCAAGAUUUAAGACAGUGUGAAGAAUUUGCCAAUUCUAAUCCUGUGGAAGGAUUCAACGAUGGUACAUUGCAACUGACGUUUACAGAACUCAGGCAGUUGGUUGACCUACUCUUGUCCGAAGACUGGUCAACUUACAUAGCAGAUUAUGGAAAAGAACACAGUAAAUAUUUGAGAGUCCAUCCUAUUGUCGCUGCACAAUUGUUGGAAAAAUUGAGCACCGAGUCUGAAAAGAAGAAGGGGCUGUUGAACCUCCGAAAAGUUGACAAGGAAAAGAAAAAACUUUGGGAAACCACGAUUAAGAAGCUGAGAAGUCUCGACUACGACCGAACUCUUUCUUAAACCAAUAACGUAUUAUGUACGGGAGGGAGGUCUUUCAAUAUUUUAGAAAAGUGUUCAGAAAUCAGGGAUGGAUUCGCGAUGGUUUUAUACGAGGGGGGUGUUCUGGUUUGGAAUAAAUUUCAGUGGUUACUUGUUGCCGUACCUCCUGUGGCCAAAGCUUGGAGGGGUGCGAUCCCGGACCUGUACCCUCCCUACCCUCCUAAAUCCAUCCCUGUCUUAUAUACAAUACUCUUGAGCCCUUUAAAAAACCAUUUCGCCUUGGAUUCGUUCGAAUAUCGUAGUAACAUUAGUGAACUGUCUUCUGUUUGAAUUUCUAAUCAACAUUUAUGAAUAUGUACUAAUUAUCUAUUAAUGAAUAUACUGUUUGCGUUUCACAA